GUUUAAAAAAAAAAUACAGUAAAAUGUACAUAGUGUAAAAUUAACCACUGUAACGUUUUUAAAGCAUAAGCUCAGUGGCAGUGCUUGUGCUCACCCUGUUCUGUGGCCGCCACCGCCCGGCCCCUCGUCCUGUGCUUCCUGGAACAGUGGCUGCUUCGGGGGCCACACGGGUGGGGGACUCACGCAGCGUGACCUCUUGUGUCUGACCUCACCGAGCACAGUGUCUCGGGUUUGGGGGUUUUGUGUGUUUGUGUGGUGGUGUUUAGCCACACUGUAGUGUUCUUCUGUGAUGUUUUUUUUUGGUAUUUAGAAGAGCAAGAAAUGAAAUUGGUUUUAGGGCUUGCGUGUUUGGUGUUGCCUUCUCUAGGUUUGGACACCAGCACUUUUCCAGUGUAUCAGACACGCUGGCUACCUGUCCAUCGUUUUUUCUGCAUUGGAACUGACUUUAUAGCGAGAGGUACUUUGGUCCAGCAAGGUUUCCUAAGUCUUCAUCAUUUCUCGUAACUCAGUUUCCCUGUGACCUAAAGGGGCAGCCAUCAGAGCACCCGCCUCUGAGACGUUCAUGUCAACGGUGGUCACUGGUCCCUCCUUGGCCCGUCCCCGGCUUGUCCCCGGCCUAGCUGGUUCUUGGUGCUGGGCCGACUGCCCAUCCUGGGGUCCAGUCCAGCCUGUUGCUGUCACACUGUCAGAACGGACCCCGUCCAUGGGCUGCCCGCUCGCAGCUUUGGGACCCACGCCCCUAACAUGAAACGCUUCCCUCCCACCGUCUUGGAUGCUCGACCUGGCAAAGUCGGUGGCAACUAGUGCGCUGCAGCCAGGCUCUGGGACCCCAUUUGCCAGCCUCUAGGUGAAGGGAGUCCAGGCAGAAAUGGCCUGAUUUAGUUUCCUGGGGCCGCAGCCACGAAGCCCCACAAACUGGGUGUUUUCCCUCCGUGUCCAGAGGUCUGAGGUCCAGGUGUUGAAGGGUGGGUUCCUCCUGGAGGCUCUCCUGGUGCCUGGCUGUCUGGGCAGACAUAUCACUCUGGCUCCUGCCCUGUCUUCCCAUUGCAUCUGCCCCUCCUUUCUCUUGUAGAGACACCAGUCUUUGGAUGGAGGGUCCUCCCUAGUCCACUGUGGCCCGACCUUAGCUCAUGCCAUCUGCAAAGACCCCAUAUCUGGGAAAGGUCCUGGGGUCAGGGCUAGGAUGGCUCUGGGGGCACCGUCAGCUGCAUGGCCUCGGCCCCGGUUCCUCCUUCCCCACCAGGAACCUCCCUGAGGCAGAAGGGAAGCACUUUGAGUUUCUAAGUUGCCUUGUGCCACCUGGCCUCACCGUAAAGAUUUAAUACGUAGAGCUUUAUGUACAUUUUUACCUUUUUCAGGAGUAAUUCUGGAGAAGGCUUAAUGGCAACAUAUGAGCACCUGACUAUGCAUGUUAUUUAUUUAAAACAAUUUGUUCUCUAAAAGUUUUCUGAUUUUUCUUUUUGCAAUUUUUUUUAUUUUGGUGGUGGUGGUGGAGGGAACUAAUUGUAUUUAAUUUUACAAUUUUUUUUUAAUGGAGAUACUGGGGAUUGAACCUAGGACCUCAUGCAUGCUAAGCACACGCUCUACCCUCACCCAGUUUUCUGAUUUUUCUAAUGAAAAACAUUAGGGACCUGGAAGCAACUGCUACCUGCACCUGUGUUUUCCUCUCGUGGCCACUUCUAGCCCGGGACGUGUGUCCGUGGGCCCUGCUCUGGGCAGGUGCCAGGCGGUGCCCGUCGUCCCAGCUCUUGGGGGUGGGGGUCUGCCGUCAUCCAGCCGCUGUGCGUGUGCGCCUGCAGUCAGCGCCCCGGGAGUCCCUCCUGGUUCCCUUGGGGCCGCCUCGGCUUCGACAGGCGGCAUCCUGUCCUGGUAGUUCUCUCUGUAGGCUCGGUCAAGGGGCUUACCCACCUGAGCCGGCCACAGCUGGCCAAAGGCAGACGCUGUCUGUGGUCACAACUGCCCGGUCUGUACUGAAAACCUGCUGGAUGCGUGGCCAGUGAAGGACGGGGGGGCCUGGCAAAGCGCGUUGAUGCAGGGCUGUCCGCUAAGUCUGCGUCUGCCUGGCUUCCGUCCCCGAGAGGAGCCACUUCUGCAGCAGCAGCACUUUGCCCUCACCUGCGGGCGGGCACGCGGGUCCCCGGGCCAGCGAGGCCGUCUCAGGUGGCUUUCAUCUCAGGUCAGCAACGGUGCAGGCCCCCAGGAUGAGCGCAUCACCAGCCUGCUGGUGUUCAGCUUCCUCCAGAGCUGCUCCCCCUCCAGUUUCCACAGAGAGCUGGAGGCACUGGGCCACCAGCUCCCCAUGUGCACGGCCCUCGACGAUGAGCUGCAGACAGAUGGCAGCCAGUGGAGCCACCCCCUCGGGGGCGCAGCGGACACAGUUUCUGCGAGUCAAGAGGAGGCCAUCUGGGACAUCGCCAGGCAGCUCGCACAGAUCGGGGACACGAUGGGCCGCAGCAUCCACCCGGGGCUGAUCCAGGGCCUGGCCGCGCAGUUCACAAAUGGCAGCCUCUCGGAGGAGGACAGAAGGCGGGGCUUCGCCACGACUCUGGGGCAGCUCCUCCAGGCCUGCCCCGCAGAUGUGGACCAGGAGAAGACUUUGCUCGUGCUGACCAUGCUCCUGGCCAAAGAGGUGGCCAGUCACACGCCAGCCUUGCUCCAGGACGUCUUCCGCACAACGGUGAACUUCAUCAACCAGAAUCUUCUCACCUAUGUGAGGAACUUAGUCCAAAAUGAGCUGGACUGAGUGCACCACUCGAUGAAAACGGGGCUGGAGACACCUGAGCUGGUGACAGCAGUGCAGCUGCCUUCGUGGGUAUUUAAGCAGCUGAGAGGACCAUCCCAGAGCCGGUGUUUAACUGGGACCACUCAGCAACCUCCCUUCCACGCCGAGUGAGCAUGUGCACAUGUGACUGUUGCACGCCAUCACCUGAACCCGUCCCCACGCCAGGCCUUUACCUGACGUCAGCUGUGAGGGCCCCACCUACUGUAAAGGUGUUUAAGUCUUUUUGUUUUAAAAAAGUACCCACUUUACUGCUCCUGAAAGUGCAACCCUGGGGGUGGUCUCAGGGCAGCAGUGCUCUGGGUUUUUGAGGCCCAAGCGCUGGAGGGGGAGGGACAUGCCCCUUACGAGUGAAAAAGCCACCCUGGAAGGAGGGACAGCCUGAUACCAAGGAAGUCCAGUCUUCCUAUUUAAAAACCAAAGGGCACAAGAGGUCUGGGCUCUGGGAACAUCAGGCCUCAAAACGUGUUUUUGACUUUUUCCUUUUAUUUGAGUCAAGAACCAAAGGCACUUAAAAGGUGUGGAGACGACUUCAAGUCAGCCAGCUUACAGAGUCACCACGCACCCUCUUCUCACGGAGCUGCGCCUGGGGGGUGGUAUCUGGAACCUUCCCUCUCCCCAGCCGGCCCCUCAGCUCACCCCUGCCUGAGGGCUGCGUGUGGAGAACAGCUCUCCGGGCAUAAACAUGAAAGAACAUUUAGUCUUCCAGAAAGCCAGCAUCUGAGAGGCUCCCUUUGAUGGGGACACAAGUCAGAGCAUAGGCAGCAACACACCACUCAGCACCAGAGUCAACCAGGGGCACUUACGUUU